CAGACAGACAGACAGACAGACAGACAGACAGACAGACACACACACACACACACCUCUGAGUCAUGCUGGUGGUUCUACAGGAACACUGUCUGGACCUGGACCAGCUGCUGGGUCCUGGUCUUUAUAAGGAGCGGUAUCGAGCAGACAUGAUUCUUUGGGGAGAAAACCGGCGACGCCAGGACCCCGGAUUCUUCUGUCGCCUAGCAACCAGAGGGGCGCGGCAACCCGUGUGGGUGGUGAGUGAUGCUCGGAGGCUGUCAGACCUUCAGUGGUUCUGGUCCGAGUUUCCCCGACAGACUCAAAGUGUCAGAGUCCAAAGCUCAGAAGAAACACGCAAACAGAGGGGGUGGAGCUUCUCUGCAGGUAAGAUCCCUCGUUUGUCUGUUUACCUUUAUGUCUGUCGCUCUGCCCGUCUCUGUUCACCCGUCUGUCUCUCAGGUGUGGACGAUGCAGAGUCAGAGUGCGGGUUGGACAGCGGGGUUGACUUCGAUUGGAUCGUCACUAACGAGACCGACGCCCCCUCGUUAGAAGAGCAGCUGCAACCAAUCAUGAAGCUGGCUGAGGACGCAGCGUCAUCAUCACUCUGUCACGGAUCAAUAAAUGUAUUGGUAACUGAUGAAUGUGGAGCCGAUCAGUUUAUCUGAUCAAUAAAGUUUUCCAAGUCUCAGGUACAUCACUCAAAGCAAAGGCUCAUGGGAGAUUCUCACCUGUCUCAUAUAGAACUAAUCUGAUUGAUCAAUGAAGUGAAACUAGAAGUACAUGUGAUUAGUUGACUCAGAGCAGAUCUACGAUUGAGGGAUUGACUCCACACGGCUUUCAACAUGGCGGCGGCUAGCAGCUAACAGUGUUUACCUGUUAUCAGCUGUUCAAUAUUUAUUUGAACUGAAAUAAAAGCUCAGAGUCAGUUUGGAUCUACAAACCAGUGACGGUGCUUUUAUUUUAUAAAAUCCUGUCAUGAUUUAUUACAAUGAGCUGUGACAUCACCGCUCCAGGUAAAAACAAACUUUAUUCAUUCACGUCAUCGGGUCAAAGGUCACCUGUGGCAGUGGAAUGCCUCGUGGUGAUUGGCUACCUUAAACCACGCCCCCCAAGAACAAAAACAAUAAUAACUCAUUGGGUCUAAUCGAUUAUUAGUUAAUGUGGCAAAAGAAAACAAACCGUUAAGACAAACAUGUAAUUAGUCCUUGAUUAGUUCUUAACGAGGAAACGAAUGCAAGUCUGUUAAAGUCCCUUAUAGACAAAGUAUAUCAAGCCGCUCCUUCACUUAAUACUGAGGGGGGGGAGGGUUGGCACUGUGAGCAGGUAAGGGGGGCAGAGACGAGGAGCUCAUUAAAGCAACACUCCCAAUAUGUGACUUUAUGAAUCAGAAGGAAUGUGUGAAAGCAGGAAUCAUUUAGGGGGGGGGGGGGGGGAGACCUCCCUCACAUCCACCAGGAGAGAAGGAGGUGAAGGAAGGAGGAGGGAAGGGGAGGAAAGGAGCAGGGGGGAGCUGGACCCUGUCCUCCAACAUAAAGGAGGAGAGAAGGUGGGAGCAAUGUUUUGGCCACGGAGUUUUGCCGUCCACCUGUCUGGUAGGGGGGGCGUGUUCAGCAGGAGUUGAGCUCCUCCAUGGUCUGAUUCAGAGUCGCCUGAAGCUCCAUGUUGGCGUUUCUGGCUGAAGUCAAAGCAUCUGGAACCAAAUGAGUCACAGAAUAAAGCUUCUACAUAACAAAUAUA